AGGCAAAGGGGGCAGGGCUAGGUGAUGUGAGCUAGCUAAUAGGCUGAGUGUGAGCAUUGCUGCCGGGGAGGGGAGGCUGGCAGCGCCGGUCGGACAGGUCUGCACCGACUGCUCUGCUGGAGAGGAAGGAGGGAAGCAAGGAGGUGAAGAUGAAAGGGAAGGAAGAAGGAAUAACAGAAAGGAUGAGACAAGAUAAACCAUGUGGGAGGUGUAAAUCCUGUACGGAUGAAGCGGCUGUGAGAGGAGGAGAGGUAUGAAGAAUAGGGAGCUGUUGGAGGCGUCCCACGGGCAUGUUUGUCCUCUGGCCGUUCUGCCUGUGUGUCUCUGCUCUGCACACAGACACUCUGGGAGGGAGAAGAAAGACCGUCUAAAAAUAAAUUGACAUGCACCACCAGCAGAAAAAUAAAAACCAAAUAAAAGAAGACAAAUAAAGGAAGAAGAAAAGGAACAAAGAAGAUUCUCUCCUUGUUUUUCUCUCUUUCACUCUGUUUGACUCUCUCCCUGCUCCAUUUCUGUUGCUCUGUCCUCAUUACAUGCCCAGAGGAGGUCAUGUCCCAGUCUGGAAAAGUCCUUCAUCUGUAUGUGGAAGUGAGGUCUGCCCCAGAUCAGAAUGGAGGAAAAGGGGCAUUUGGAGAAAAGGAAGAAGGGAUUGCUUCGGUUCAGGACAGUCCUGCAGAGCUCCUGUCUCAGCUAGCAACCAAGACGACCUGCCAGGUGGUCGCCAAGCCCUCCACAGCUCAUCAUCGAGUUCAGGACUGCACACACAGCCAGUCUCCAUCUCGAAACACAGUUAGCUUUCAGCUCCAGCAAGCCAGCAGCUCACCGACAGUCAACAAACGCUGGAGUUUACCCUGUGAUGGAGUUUCUGCUGUCCGCUCUUCACCAGGGCCCUCCUCUGGAAAGGCCACCGUCCCUCACACACCUCCCAACUGUCGGAGGUUAAAUGAGGAGGAAGUCAGCGGCGGGAAGCGGUCUGUCGUCACCUUCAGUUACAUCGAGAAGUCCAAUGUGAAGACGCUGGACAGUCCACGCAACUCUGUGAGAGGGACCAGAGAGGAAAGAUCCACCCCCUCCCACUUUCAAAAACGGCUCAGCGACCCAGUUUGGUUUGGGAGUCCCAGUUCAUCGUGCAGCUCCAGUCCCAAGCUGACUUUCCGGUCACCGGGAAGUCACCAGCAAACUUUCUCUCCCAGUCUUCGCCAACCACCCUUGGACCCCAUCGGCAGGGCAGCUACCCAGAGGGCUGUAGAGGAGUUUGGCUCCCCAUUACUGAGGAUUAAACUGGCCCAUGCACUUGAGCACACCUCAUUCUCACACUACAACCAACAGCCGCGCUGUCAGUCCUGGGCUGGGUCCCCUGUUCAGCGUCGGAACAUAAGUGUAAUCCCCAAAGACCACAUCACAGACAGGAGCCAGGCUAUUUGUGGGCUGCCUCGGAGCCCAGCAUCAGACCAGCUAUCCUCCCAGUCCAAGCAGUCUCCUCAGUUGAGGCCUGGGUCCUCUGUGGAGACCCAGAGCCCUCUUAACUGGUCAGGAGAGGACAGAACUGCAGUGGGAAGCCCAGCCACCAAAAGAAACAUUAACAGGGCCUGUAACAGGAGCGCUUCACCAAAGGGAGCAGUCUUACAACUCGGCAAUAAUGUAGUCGAGGGCUUGAACCAGUUAAGCGACAGUAAAUCCUCCUCUCCAGCUCACAGCCCUGAAGUUGCCCGUAGGCUAGCAGAGGAGGCUACCAAAGUAUCUUCUAUUUUAACAGAGGCAAGGAGGUCCUCAUUGCACAAUGCUUUAGGCGAGCUUGUAAGCAGCUCAAACUCUGGAGAAUUUCACAGUUCCUCUCCAAAUGCACAACAGUCUAAGCAAAUGCUUAAGAUGAACAUCCCUUUAAACAACCAACACACGCCAGCAACUGACAACACAGACUCUCACCAGCCUGAAAACUCUCUCUUGCAGUCACAUUCAUGUGAAACAAACUCCCAUACUGAUUAUGACACUCACCAGGAGGACUGCAUUCAGAGAUCCCAGCAUCAGAGCUCAAUUUUAUCUGCAGCUCAGUGUUCGCCCGCCCUCCCUUCACGUGUCCUCCGUCCCUCUCAUCCUCCCACUGAGCUCAGCUCUCCCGUGAGAGACCCCAGGCUUUUCCAGGCUGAGCUCCGAGCACCAGAUACCCCCACACUGCAUCGCUGUCAGCCCCCACAGUACACCGGAGAUUCCUGGUCCCCGAGCCUGGACAGGAGAGGAGACUUAAGCUGUUUUGAGAAAGGGGAUUGCACUGAGCUUGCUCGUAGGCUCUAUAUCAAUCAAAGUGUCGAGGAGGCACCGGUUAGCUGGACUUCCAGGCAGCAGUGGGGAAAUCAAGCAGAGAACAGCCCAAGGCCAAGCCCUGAGCCUGGAUUUGGGUUCAACAAUGACCAACCUAAUCGUCAAUCCAACCAGCGUCGCAGGCCGCUCAGCCCCACAGCCCAACAGAAACGGGCUGAGCAGAGGAGGAGAGAGAUCCUGCUCCUGGGACCAGUGGUGCUGGACUCCCCGGAGGAAGAUGAGGGUUGUGAUGAAGAGGGAGAGGGCAAUGACAUGGAAGGAUAUGGUGCAGGGCAGCAGCCUCGCCUGCGGAGGAUUGAAGAGCCUCCUGAGGCAGAGCAGAAUGGAGCAAUGGGAGGGCCGUCCUCGCGGAGCUCCAGUGGGGUGACAGGCAGCCUGGGAGACAGAGAUUGUGUGUCCCCGGAGUCCAGCCAGUCCAGUCACCAGAGCAAUGAGACGGGGGCUGCCACCUCAGGAAUACAGACGGAUAGUGGCUGUGCAGUGCCUGUGCCCUCGCUCCACUGUCAAAGAAUUGCACGUGCCAAGUGGGAGUUUUUGUUCGGGACCCCUGCUGAGGAGGCUGCUAGCAGGGGGGAGAAAAAUUCUCUGGAAACCUCCACAGCUCCUCCAAGUGGUAAUUCCAGUGAGUCACCCACCCCGACUCCCCCUUCCUCCCUACCUCUGCUCUCUGCCAAUCAUGAGGUGCAGCAUGUAGAGGUAGAGCUGGUGACCCCUCCCCCGGCCAUUAUCGGGACAUCACCCAAGACCGGCAUCAUUCGCCGGACGUUGAAGUAUUCUGAAACCGACCUGGACGCCAUCCCGCUUCGCUGCUACCGCGAGACGGACAUAGAUGAGGUGCUGCUGGCUGAGCAGGAUGACGCCGACUCAGCUUUUGGGAGUAACCGCAGUGUGCAGGGCACCUCAGGGACAGGCAGCAGCCCUCUGGGGGGUCUGGCUUAUGGGAGGACAGACAGGGAGGAGGUUGACGUGAGAAGAGGGGGGAGGAAGGAGGAGGAAGAGGAAGAUGAGGAGGAGGAGGAGGAGGAGGAAGAGGAAGAAAUGGUGAGCUGGGCCAGUGUGAGAAUGCAAGGAGACAACAGGAAGCAGCAGUAUGCAGCUCAGGAGGAGCCAGCGGUGUUUGGACACCUUAUGAAGAGACCAAUGGAAACGUUUUUCGACAACCACCACCCUGCCCUGAAAUCCCCCAUCUUGGUCUCCGGUCCCCGCUGUGCUGCAGAGGACACCUUCAGCCGCCACUUUGAGAGCAUCAUGGAGUCUCAUCGAGCCAAAGGGACUUCGUACAACAGCCUGGACAGUGAGGAGCUGCUGACCUCAAGCACCCAAACGGUCCUGACCUUUGACUUGCCCACACUAACCCCUGCCAUCCAUGGGCUGGUCUGCCAGAGCGCCAGGCAGAUCGUUCAACUCAGCUUUGCCCCACUGGCCCACGAUGAGAGGCCCAGUCUCUCUGAUUCUAUCUUUACUGUGACUGGGGACUCGGACGCCACCAGAGCCCCUUCCAGUGAAAGGCUGAGCAGCGGUUCAGACGACACGCCACCCAGAGGACAAGAUGUAUGUACACAGCUGGGGAGCAGCUGGUACAGCAACCCAUCUUUCUCUUUACCUAGCAGGGAGAAGGCCCGUCUGGCGACAGACUCGGAGCUGGACCAGGACCUCAGCGACAGGCUUGGCCUGGGCAGCAGCGACACCCUCACCAAUGGCAGCCACCGUGCCGAUGUGGCGGCCGCCAAACGUCUUGCCAAACGUCUCUUCAACUUGGAUGGCUUCCGGAAGUCUGACGUGGCACGGCACCUCAGCAAGAAUAAUGACUUCAGCCGAAUGGUAGCAGAGGAGUAUCUGAGCUUCUUCAACUUCACAGGCUUUGCCAUUGACCAAGCAUUGCGGACUUUCCUCAGGCAGUUUGCCCUGAUGGGAGAGACUCAGGAGAGGGAGAGGGUGCUGUCACACUUUUCAAGGCGUUACUUGGACUGCAACCCAAAAGUCAUGCCAUCAGAGGAUGCAGUUCACACCCUCACCUGUGCCCUAAUGCUGCUGAACACUGAUCUACAUGGUCAGAACAUCGGUAAGAGGAUGUCAUGCACACAGUUCAUUGGCAACCUGGAAGGGCUGAAUGACGGCCAAGAUUUUCCCAAGGAUCUGCUUAAAGCUCUCUACAACUCAAUCAAGAAUCAGAAGCUGCAGUGGACACUUGACGAGGAAGAGCUGCGGAAGUCGUUUUCGGAGCUCGGGGACAGCCUGUGCGAGUCCAACACCUCCAGAUCCAUGAAGAGGGUGGGCAGCAGCGGGAAGCCCCUGGCGGAGGAGACACAGCCCUCGGGAACGCUGCUGUACAAGAACGGGUUCCUGGUUCGCAAAGUCCACGCCGACUCAGACGGCAAGAGAACACCAAGAGGGAAAAGAGGAUGGAAGACCUUCUAUGCCAUCCUGAAAGGGCUCAUUCUCUAUCUGCAAAAAGGGGAAUACAGGCCUGACAAGCAGCUAUCUGAUGAGGACUUGAAGAACGCUGUGUCCAUCCACCACUCUCUGGCCAUGAAAGCAUCAGACUACAGCAAGAGGCCUAAUGUGUUUUACCUGCGGACGGCCGACUGGAGGGUGUAUCUCUUCCAGGCACCGAACGCAGAGCAGAUGCAGUCUUGGAUCACACGGAUCAACACGGUGGCUGCCAUGUUCUCAGCUCCUCCUUUCCCAGCAGCCAUCGGCUCUCAGAAGAAGUUCAGCCGGCCGCUGCUGCCGGGGACAAUGUCAAAACUGUCUGAGGAGGAGCAGGUCAGAUCCCACGAAGCUCGAUUCAGAGCCAUCUCCACUGAGCUGGCUGAGCUGCGCUCUUAUCCUCCUGACCGCAAGGUCAAAGGGCGCGAGCUGGAAGAGUACCGCCAACGAGACGAGUAUCUGGAGUUUGAGAAAACUCGGUACGGGACUUACGUCAUGCUGCUGCGAGCUAAAAUCCGGAGCGGCGAGGAGGACCUGUCGGUGUUUGAGUCCCAGCUGCUGGAAGACAAUGGGCUGCAGAGGGCUCACUCCAGCCCCACGCUGCAGGACAGCAGCCAGGCCAGCCAAGCCAGCAGCACCAGGGACGGGGGCAACAGCAGCAAGGCCAGCGGCUGCAGCAGCAAAGUCCGACAGGAAGGCCAGAGACACAGCUACCGUCAGGCCGUCAAGAAGUGAGACAGGGCGGGGGCGCCGGGAGCGGCACGGCGUUGCACUGCCAGCGGCAGGCUGUCUCCCUGCAUAGGUUUUUAUUUGAGAUCCAGGAGGGUUUGGAGCUCUGCUUGAAGGGGGGAGCAGGAGUGAGGGUCUACCCCACACCCUCCCCCAACCAUGACGCUCUACCCGGCACCCCAAUCUUCUCAUCUAACAGAGGAGGUGCAGAUCCUGUGACUGGCAGAGUGGCUGGGAAACACCAGCGAGGAUGUUGGUGCAGGAGGUGGGAGGGGCGGCUGGGAGGUCACAGAUCUGCAGAGAUGAGGUGUCUUUGAGAACGUACACUGGGUGCGGUGGCAGACUGAACUGUGCACUGAGAUAACGAGGGUGCUUACAGAUUGAACAGGGACCUACAUCCAGCAUCCUUUCCUUUUCUCCCCCUUUUGUUCUUUCAAAGCACCUCUCUGGCCACGUUCUCCCACCUUUUUUCUCGACCUUUUGCUGAGUUUUUGGGACCAAACAUGUUUACACAUUUUAGAACAUCACAUUUUUAGACGACUGAUGAUUUGAUUUCAGAUGAACUGUUACCGCUGCUCUGAUCUGAGUGCUGUUGAUAGUUGCUGGACUUGUCAAACAUCAUCAGGUCUUAUCGGAGCCAUUACAUUCCAGCUCCUUAUUUUUUGCCACAUCAACCAUGGUGUGUUCACAUUCUAUACAGGGGCCAGACAUUACAGCUUUUAGCUCCUGUGUGUACUUCACUGAAGGCAGCGUUGAGGUGAGUCUGUGGACGGUGCACAGCACAUGAUGAAGAAGCGUUGCAGGAUACGACAUGAUGAGACGGUACAGCUCAGCGCAGCUCGUCUCUCCUCCUUUCUCUCAUCACUGAUGACCGGUUAGAGGCAACAGCAUCAGUAGAAGUUCCUGAUAUGCAGCAACGUACAGUAACUGCUUCUCAUCAGAAAGUAUGUCUUUUUCUUUUUUUUUUGUUUGCCCUACUUGAACAGGCGAUCUCUUUCUGAGUUGCUUUCGCUUCUGUCCCGUGAUGUGCUUCUGUUCUCUUUCUACUUCUUGGCCGAAUGUUGUUUUCUCCAGUGGAUCCGCAUGCCUGCAUCCAGCGCCGCUUCUUUUAGGCCUUUUACUACUUUGAGGGCAACGCCGAGAGCAGCGACGUCGUUCUCUGGGGUCAUUUUAGUCCUUUCUCUCCUCAUGCCGGUGCCAUAUUCCAACACGUGUAAUCUUUGUCUGUACUUCUAGCCUCUCAUUUAUAAACCCCUAUUUUAACACUCACCAGGCAGACCCUGAAUGUUCUUGUUUUUCAAUAUUUUUACAGUAUUUUACAGUCGUUUGUUGAUGUUGAACCUACUCCUCCUGUGUAUGUCAAGUGUAUGAUGAAAUAUGAUAUUGAACAUGUAAAAGGAAAUACAGUAUGUUAUCCAUACUUCUUUGUAAACAUCCAGGAUAUGUUGUAUAUAACGCACCAUCUGCUGUAUGCUUAUAUUGUAGGAUAUAUGAUGGUAUAUUUACAAUAUAUUCAACACACUAUUGUGAAGAUGCAUUAGUAACACACAGAGUUGACAUCUUGUAAGUCCCAAAAGCCACACAAUAAUCAUCUGUUGUUUUUUUCUUACAUGGUGGUAAUAAUUCAGCACAAUAUGAGUAUUAUAGUAAAGCCUAUGUACCUAUCAAAGAUUAGUAAGUGAUCAAAGAGUGUUUGUGAUGAGAUUAGGCCACAUAAAGCUAAAUCAUGAGGAUUUCAGCUGCUGUGUGAAGAAGGAAAGACAGUGCAUGGCUCACUAUGAGCUGAUAGCAUGACUUUAAUGGGAUCAGUUGUCAGAGAUGCAUGAAAAAGGUGAAGUAUGUCAAAAAGGAAGACUGCGAUGAUGAAACUGGUCAAAAACAGACCCAUGUAAUGAUUUUGGUACACACCUCAUAGUUACGUUGAUGUAUAGCCAUUUUCUACUCAGGCUUUAUAAAAAUGACACCUUGAGUAGCUGCAGUGCCAGCAUCCAACCAGCAGGGAGAGCUGUCAACAUUCAGUUAAUGUUCUUUCAGCCAUAAUCACACCUGCUGCACCUGCAGUAAAUAUGCAUGGCAUCACCUACUCAUCACCUGAGGACGGGGGGGGAGGGGUGUCGCAGGGCUAAAUGAGACAGGACCUGUUUGUAUUAACUAUGGAUGUCAAGUGUGUUUGUGUGUGUUUGAGUUUGUGUGUGUAUUUGUGUUAAAAAGGGUGCACGCUGUGGAAUGCUCAGGGGUGCCUGUUCUGAAUGGCUAUAGAGAACUUUCUGCAGUUUCUUGUCAUCUUUUGUCCCCCUGUUGUUAACUCUUACAUGUGUGGUUUGGAUUUGUACAGUUUCUAGAAGAGAUGGUUAAAUAUUCAGCCUCAAUCAUGUUCCUGCCUGCAGUUUAGAGCUGAAACUAUUCAUUUGAUCAAUCAAUCAAGUAUUUUCAUUAUCAAUUUACAGUUUGAGUCAGUUUUAAAGCAAAAAUGCCAAAAUAUUUAUGAGGAUUUACUUCUUUCCUUGUCUCGUGUGAUGAUAAAAAUGAGUAUCUUUGCAUUUUAGGGUGUUUGUUAGACAAAAGAGGAAGAGCUGCAACUAAUGAUCAUUUUCCUUAUUGAAUAAUUCCCCAGUUAAUUUUCUUGAUAAAUUGUUUUGUCUAUGAAAUGUCAGUUUCCCAGAGCCCAAGAUGAAGACUUCAGAUAACUUGUUUGGCCCAGCACUACAAAAAAGACUAAAGAAACCAGCAAAUAAUCACUCCAAUGAUUCAUCGAUUACAACAGUUGAGAAGA